AAUCCCCUAAUUUAUCUUAGCCCAUUGUACCCAUGCGUACCCAUGCACGCAACUUGAGGCUAAGUGUACCUAAGGGGUCUCAUGGUGGGGGUUCGAUUUUGAGCCUACCAAACCUCAUGACCUGGGCAAUAAAACAUGCGUACACCCUCGACGAUAAUUCCUAAUCGCAACGGGCGCGAAAAAUGUUCAUUUUAACCAAGAUCGCGGAUCUGGUGCAGAUCCCCCCAUCACAGUUUGAGCAGCAUAGCCGUGUAGCCAUUGAGAACAACAUCAACGCCAAGUACUCCAACCGCGUGAUACAGAAGAUUGGCCUUUGUAUCUGCAUGUACGAUCUCCUAUGGGCAUCAGAGGGACUGAUAGGACAUGGAAACGGACUGGUCAACGUCAAUGUUGAAUUCCGUAUGGUUGUCUUUAGACCCUUCAAAGGGGAGACUUUAUUCGGAACGAUUAGUAGCGCAAACCCAGAGGGACUGAAGAUUCGAACAGAUUUUUUCGAAGAGAUCUUUGUGUCCUACAAAGAACUGCCUGAAAAUACCGAGUACGAUCAUAACGAGAAAGCUUGGGUUUGGGUAGUCGACGAGGAUAGGAUGCAUUACGAUAAGAACGAAAUGGUCCGCUUCCAAGUCCUUGACGAGACCUGGAAUGACCAACUCCCUGACAGUGGAGGGCAAGAAGCCCUCGAUCGGGCCAGGAGCGUCCCGCCCUAUGCUCUCAAGGGAAGUAUGUUCAAGGAAGGAUUAGGAGUGUGUCUCUGGUGGUAAAGGACCAGCAGUGUUUAUGGUGAGACGGAUGAAGCUCAGCCCCCGUAUAAAUUACUAGGUGCGCUACUUGUCGUGGCAGACACAGGCGCGAUGCGAUAGGGGGAGGCAUAAGCAUAUUUUGGCGUUGGGGAGAUGGAAAAGGCGAUUGCCAUGAGUCUGGGAAGGCACCCACAAGCUUGAUCCUAUUUCUAUUUCUAU